GCCGUGUAAUGAGUUGCAAAUAUUUACUUGAAAGAAAAUUCUUGCUCCCAAAACAUACCGACAUUGUGACAGAGUAUAGCUUUGAAAACGAUUAUCUUGGAUAUCUUUCAAGUAACAGGUUAGUUAACUUGUCACAUAUUACUUUAAUUACUACAAUGUUCUUUUUGUGAAUGAGAUAUUGUAUAUUAUAUAGUUAUUUCAUUCGCGUUAAUGACAAGUGCAAAUGAAAUAUGUACACGCGAGCUCGCAUUUGAGCUAUAAGGCUGCGAACUAACUCUGCUUGCUGGGGUGCUUCAUGUUUUGAUGUGGUUCUACCUUAGUUAAUGUAAUUAAUAUUGUGGAUUGACUGUGGUUAAGCAAAAAAGUCCUCUAAAAUUGAUCCGAAUGUUUAGCCAAACACUGAAGACUAAAUGUCGUGACAUCAAUAAAUCGUUUCAAAUAGUGGUUAUAGUUGUACUAUACAAACGUACGAGAGUAUACUUUACCUAAACCGGCAUUCCUAAAAAUAGCACGAAGUCCUUUACCUCUGUAAAGUGAUUCAUUGUUUGGUACUAUGAGAUAAUAAUGGAAGUAUUGGUAUACGGAGAAGCCAAUAUCUCAUCUUCUGUUGCUAUACGUAUAUAUACAAUUACCAUUUGCCAAGGAUAUACAAAUGAGAUUACUUAGUUAUGAGGCCCACGGCAGGCGACAGCCUUAUUAUAUUAGCAAACUGAACCCAUUUCUGAAAUUGAAGAAGUAAGCACAAUAUAUAUAUUGGUUUUUUUAUACCAUUGUCCAAUAUUCUAGACUGAAACUUGAAUAUUUUUUGUUUCCAAUCCGUUAAAUCUCAUUCAUACAGUACAUCGAGUUUAAAGGCCAAUGUAUUUUUCAAAUUUGUGACAAAAUCAUGUUAACCAAUGGCAAUGUUAAAUAGUUUGGAUAAUUGAAGUUAUGAUGUUUUUGUCUUUUCCAUGAACUAACCACGUAAAUUAUCUGAUUGUACUCUAGAGAUAAUCAUUGCUCGUCAUAAUAUCAAUGACCUUGACAUGGGCUCGAUGGUAUCCACCUCAGUAGAGUCCAGGCUUAAUAGUCAAUAGCCAGUAGCACUCAACCAGACAUCAGAAAUUAAGGGUUAGCCGUUGCUGUAGUUGUCAAAUGAGAACAGUUUAUCUGAUGCAAAUUUAUGAGUAACGAAAGAGCAAUGAAUGAGAAAUGAAGGAGCAUUGUAGUAAACUAAAAUUGUUUUGGUUUAUGUUUAGAGAUCUAAAGUAUACGACACGAUCUAUCCAAGCACCACCAUGCAUGCAUGCAACUGUCCGUCUCCAAACAUUAGGGAGCUUUAGAUCGAUUUGACUACGGCUACGAGAUCUAGUACGACUACGCGAGAUUUUUCCAUUAAAUUUGAUUGAAUUUCUGCUACACUGUACUUGAGACUUGGUAUCGUCCUUUCUUUGGCAUAGCGCAUCUUUAAAACAACACUUGAACCAAACUACGUACAGUUUUAAGCUUUUUGGAGCAGAUAUUUAACGGGAAAAUCUCGUAAUCGUACAAGAUCUCGUAGUCGUAGACAAAUCUAAAGCUCCCUAGUAUGUAGACCAAGUUGUCUAGAACGUUGCAUGGCAAACAUUGUUUUGAUUUGGCUGCCUAAUUUUAUUCCCACCAUUAAGUCCGGCUUCUGCACAGCAUAAGCUCUAACAAAGAUAUUCGUUCAAGAAUGAUCUUUAUAUUAUUUUUAUAUGAAUAUUUUUAUAUAAGGCUCAAAUUAUAUGGCGUGUGGUGGUUAAUUAAUAAGCUUGACAAUGCAAGCCCGUUUCAAAGCAAUGACAAUGUAUUUAAUCCAGCAAGACAUGCCACACAUAAUUCUCACUAAAUGACGUUCCUAAUCGCUCCUGGUGUGUUGCAUAGCAACAAAAAAUUGGAAAUGAUUGUGUUUUUCAGUUUGUAAGUAGCCAUCAAAGUGUCCAACACGACCUCAAUAAAAAUUGUAUCAGUUUGGAUUCGCCAACUACGAGGUUUUCGUCAAAUUCGUCUCUCGUUCUGCCACGACCAAAUAUCGAGUGAUGGCAGAAAAUAUUUCCGAUAUAGUGGUGUUAACAUCUGGAAUAGCAUUCCAGAACAAGUAAGAAACAGCGAAUCUUUAAAUUCUUUCAAUAGGAAUAUUUCCUCGUCUGACGAAUUAGCUUUUUUCACUAUUGCACCAUUUGUUUUGUAUUGUUUUUUUGUAAUUUCGUAGUUCUUUAUAAUAUUGUUAAUGAUUUUGUAUUAAUUUUAAAUAUUUUGUAACAUUUUAUAAAUUAUCUACGCCCCACUUGGAAGGCAGCUUCGGUUGAAGUGGCCAGCGUAGUCAAAUAAAGUUUUAUACUAUAAUAUAUAUCCUUUAUCCUAGUUUCUAUAACUAUAGGUGAUUUAUUUUUUCAGCUAAGCAAACAUGUUACGUCAAAUUUCAUAUAUCUUGGCACUGGCUAUCUUGUUUGCCGCCAAUUUUGUAAAAGGUAAGUCAACAUUGCUACCUUACUAUACAAUGAUGUAAAUUAUUUCAAUUGUCAAUUAAACUUCGCUCACACCUGUACGUCAAAUGUGAACGCUCCUGCAUACAAUGACUGUAUUGCACUAUUACUGUGUAAUUUAUGAGGAAAUUAGUAACAGCCUAAUAGGAAGGAAAUUUUAUUGUUUUAUUAUUUUAUUUGGUCAGGCGACUCAGAUGAAGAUUAUAAUGACAGAGUGAUAAUAAUCAUAGCAGUGGCGGCCGUCCUGUUUGGAUUGUCUCUCAUCUUACUUGUUCUUACUGCAUGUGGAAUAUACGCGUUGUAAGUGUCAAACUUUCCUAUUUUCAUAUAUUAUGGAACUCAUGGUAGCACUUUAUCGACACAGUCACUAUUAUCGGCUUGAUCUGAUGAUUUUCACAGCUCGAUAUGUGCAAUAUGAUCAGUGUUUCGUCCGCGCACCAAGUGAUAAGCAGAGAUUGAGCUCCAAGUAUACUGUACUACUGUAGUUUACAUGUAGAGACUCGAAAUCAUAACCGGGCUCCUUCCCUCUGCAACGCAAUUAUAGCGGGGCAACAGAACGUUUCUUGCUCGCUAUAACGACCUGAAAACCGCGUUUCAUGGACUGCAUUUCAGGUUAAAUGUCUUGGUUGUAUGGAGGGCAGCUGCCAUUGGAACGUUUCUCAACUAUAAUGCACUCCUGGCUAAGACGUCAUGCAUAUACGACCAUGGAUAUGCAUAUCCAAGAUGACUGAAUGCAAAACGAUUUUGAUUGAAUAAAGGAUGAUCCCUUUUAAUAAAACAAAAAAAGACAAAGAAAAUUUUUAACGUUAAGGUUUUGAAAUAUAGUGAAUAUCUUUUCCAAAUAUAAAAACAAUUAUAUAUCGCCAUUCCCCUUUAACUUUACUUCGUGGUGGAAAGCAACUAGUAAGCCCCGCGCGUUGUGCUAUUGAAACAGUGCCACACUUAUUUGCUCCUGUAUCAGUGUCUGAGAUGAUCUGAACAGCGCUUUAUUCUCUUUCAUUUUUUCUUUCCAGGAGGUACAAAAGAAAAGGCUGAACAUGAAGAAUACAAAACACAAAUCUUUCCGUGCUUUAUAACUAGACGUAGGUUUCUAAAACUAAACAGUAUUUUUCCAAAAGACAGACUUGUUACCAUAAACUUUUCUUUUAGCUUUGAAUAGUUACUGUCAUUUUACUAACUUUUGUCGUUAUCACGUUUUUGCUAUUUCUUUUGUAAUUUUUAAUCAAUUAUACAUUUUAAAC